CGUCUCUCACUGAGUCCAAGGCUCAGUCUGUCCGGUGCCUUUUUUAUUACUCAGUGACAGCUCAAAACAAGAAGUGACACUGACAGCAUUCGUGCUUCCCAGUUUUCUUUCUUUUUAAUUCACACUCGGGAUAAAUUUUGAACUCAAUUCUUUUUUAACUUCCAAUACAUUUAAAUUUUUUGUCUUGGCAUGUGUUUGAAACACAGCAGCCGGGAUUAAAUACUUUUUGGCGGCGCUUUGGAAGUGUGUUUUUUGAGUGGCGUCAAGCAGACAGUGUUUCGUGUUUUUGUGCUCAUCAGGAGAGGGUAGAAUCGCGCUAAGAAGCCGCCGACUUCCGCUCUGCAACUGCAGCGGCCCUCCUCGCAAUCGGAGCUCCUCAGAGCAUGACGAUUUUGCUCUAAGGCGGCCACUUUUCACAUGCGAUGGGCAACCAACACAGCCACAAGCACGGUCUGUCGCACAGUCCGAGUGGUCGAGUGCCCGUGGACGCAGUGCGGACGCUGGGGCCGUACGGGCCGCAACUGGACAGCUGGACUUCAACAAGAAAGUCGCACACGGCACCUUCCAGAGGUGCUCCAGGUCGCUCGUCCUUCAAGGCGACCGAGAUCAGGGCCUCUUUUCGGGGCAAGAGCGAGUCUUCGACCCCUGUAGAGGAGCCCACAUGCAAAAUCGUUCCGUCGCCGAGCGGCAAUUUGGCCCUGCUGGCCAAGAAGGAGCUCAAGUCGAAGAUCGUUGCGUCUGCCAGCGACCACGCCAUCACCGUCAAUCGAAGCAAUGGCCUCAAGCCUGACGUGAAUAUCCAGCAGAUCUUUGGCACCAGCAAGCAGAAAAUUAACAAGUUGCCCGAAGUGAAAAUCUGCUCGCCGGAAAAGGAGCGGAUAAAUGACGGGAAGCCGCUGAAAAUCGAGGAGGUCGCGGGGCUGCCGCCGUUUGCGAGUAAUUUUGAGGGCGCCGCCCCGUCGGUGACCACUGAAGUACCCAGUCCUCUAGAAGAAGCUUCCACCCCGAGCAGCAGCGGCAGUACCGAGCCAGCCAGCUCCGAAAAACCCUCAACCAGCUCGUCCCCGACCAGUUCGCACAAGCCGAGCGGCGACGACGAAACCUUGGCCGCCUCAUUGUCCGACGUUGCCCAGCCUCUGUCGUCGUCCACUUCCAGCCCUGAGAAACAGCCCCCGCCACCUUCGCCAAGCACUUAUCCUUUGGCUUUCACGAUCGACUUCAACGACGGAAAAAAGCUGGACAUCGGCGACAGCAUCAGCAAGUUCGCACCGCGGCACAUCAGGAACUUGUCUCUUUCUAGACAAGAAGAAGCAAAGUCUCUGAAGCAGGAAAAGGAAGGAAAAAGCGAAAUGGAGGUCAAGAAACCUUCACCCCCAGCUUUGUCCCCAACGGUCCAGCCUGCCGCAGUCCCCAUGCUCAGAAGGGCGGGCUACCACUCUGAGGGAUACUUCUCCAGUGAUCAGGAUGAAGAUCUCAGUAUCAAGAGCGAUCUCACAGCCCUGAAAAAGAACCAAGAGAAAAUAUUGAAGCCCUCGACCUUGACCCAGGACAAAAAAUCGAAACCUGUUAGCUCUCUUGCUAUUGAGAGCAACUCACCAAACAGCAGGAGGCCUCUUGCUGGUGAAAGAAGAACUAUUUCCCUGGAGGAAAGCGCCUCACAACAUUUUGCAAAGAUUCUGGCCGAAAAGGCCAGCAUUCCAACCAAGAGUCCUGAAAAGGAGGUCAUUGAAACCCUUUCGGACAAUGGUAGUGAAACUGGAACAUACACGAUUGACAAGGAGAGUCCGUCCCCUGACGAGGAAAAAGCCAGGAGUGAUAUUGAUGCAGUAUUUGGAGUUGGAGAGGAUGAGGCUAGGGGUGGAUACGACAACAGGACAUUCACUCGGAAUAAGGAAAUGAAAAAUGGCCACGAGGAACACACAGUUCUGUCUUCAAGUUACCGUGCUGGUCCUAAUUGGAUUAAAGAAUGGGCUGCACAAGUUGCUGAACAGCACAACACCCAGCCCCUUUCUCCGCCAAACGAGCCAGUAUUACCGUCAAUAAAGAGCAAAGGACGAGCAACGUCCCCACUGAGAGGCACAAAACCUUCUCCCAGAGCUAGUCCAGCGCCUCCCAGUCGAAAUUGGCCCCCUCCAACUGAGCCGUCCGCAUCUGCAAAGGCACGAUAUAAGUUACCAAGUCUUUCUUCGCCAGUGGCCAGUGAUUUCUCUGAUCCUUCCGAAAGUCCAGUCCACAAAAGAAAUGUGGAGCGGCCAGUGGAUAAUGAGACCGAGUCUUACCUGCGCACCACCGAGUCUGUUAUGUCAGCCAUGCAGGCCAGGAUGACCUCCCAGACUCUUGAUAAUGCUGAUUCAGAGGAAGAGGCUGGUCUUUCCUCUGGAGCAGUCACUGCUAAGUCCUUGACUGCUCAGCUUCGGGCCAAGCUGAAAGCCCUGGAGCAAAAGUCUGUCAGGUCAAAACACCAUGCAGCCAUAGCAGCAGCCGUGGCCAAAGCUCCUUCUCCACCACCAGUGGCACCUGCACCAACCUCGGCUGCACUGAAAAGGGUGACUGGAACAAAGAGCAAAGAUGAGAGGCAGUCCGAUAGCAGUAGUGACGCUGGGGACCACAAACCAAGGUCGAGAGAGCGUUCCGACUCUGUGGGACCUCAUACAAGGUACAACAGGGCGUUCAGCUUACGGAGAGCCAGAUUAGAGGCUGAUGAGGCCAAGACUAAGGCCCUGCAGCAACCACCAAAACCAGCACUCGUUAAACCCUCACCCCCAGCUGCAGUAUCCAAACUGAAAAAGGAACCUCCCAAGACUGUCAGCAAACCUCCACUCAGCAGCAGUAACUUCCAAAGGACAGAUGGUGGCCGGUUCAGUCUUCGUGCAGGCAAAGCGAACACUCAGAUUCCAUCUUCGUCUGCACCCAAAGGCAAACCACCUGCAAAUGCUGCGAAGAAAGAGCCAGCCAAGAAAACAAAUUCGUCCGGAGGCAACAGGAGCAACUCAAACUUGUGCUCCAAGGAGCUUGAAUUCCAGAAUUGGAAGAGAAGGAAAAAUUACGACCCCAUGAAAGCAGCUGCUGAGGGCAAAAAGAAAGCUGCCGCAGCAGCAAAACCAGUCAACCCCAAUCAAGGUGGAGACAUCAUGACGCAGUCGGCGAUUGUGAUGACGCAUUCUUCACCAAAUGCAAGCCCAUUGAAUUCUAUCCUGAGAUCCGCUUCAUUCCACGGAACGGGUGCCAUGGCCUCCAUGAACUCGUCGCAUGGCUCGAACGCCACGUCUGAAGACGAAGCCACCCUCUCUGCCGACGAGGAACUGGCAGAAAAGAGCAACAGCUCAGUAUCACCCAGACACUUAAGGCAAUUUCCUUCGUCUCCCUUGAGAGCUGUUUCGCAGCCUCCUGACCAUUUGAGCCCUAGAAAGAAGUCCCUCGAUGAGACGCUGGAAGGAGGCAGUUCAAGAGGCUUUGUUCGUAACACAACACCCACCUCCUCAGUCAGAAGCAGAGGGAAGUUCGAGGCAUUGGAUAACCUUGUCAUUGCUGCAAUUCACGGUUUCUCCAACAAAAUAAAGGGAAGCUCUCACAAUGUAUUAGGAAAGCUGAGAGUUCUGUUUCAAGAGGACCAAGAAAAAGUGCUUAUGCUUGAAGACGCUCUGAAUCUUCUAGAGGAAUCGGAGCCGGCAACAACUUCUCCUAACAAAAGUCCUUCCAAAGAGUUGUCUGGCACCUUAAGAAACCUCAAAAAGCUGGAACAUGUGUUCAAUGUUUUGGAUGAAGUCUUAUUUGGAGAUGAAGAUUUGGAGCUGCGGGACGACGACGACCUGAGUGAGUUGGAGGAGGCCUAGUGAUUGGCAAUGCAAGCGUGAUAUUGACUGAUUUAUUGUGAUUCAACAAGUGACGUGCUGGUAGGCAUUUCAAUUGUGAUUAUUUUGUCUUUUGUAUUCUCCCCUAACACCUACCCAGUUGGUUGUCUUUUUAAUAUGUUAGAAAAAUCUUACUAUUUAUGUAAUAACUAGAAAUGUGUUAACAAUGAUUUUAUUACAUGAAGGUAAAGAAUUUAUAAUACUGGAUAAAGUAAAAAUCUAUGGGAAGCCUUCCUAUUUGUAAAUUGGUGCUAAUCCAAUAGAGGUUCAUUGACCUGUAAAUUAUCAAAAUUAUUAAAAAAAGGCAUUUACAUGA